AUGCCUGAUGAUUCGAUCACUUCUCAAGUGGAUUUCACGAAUAAUACCUCGACAAAUACAAACCCAUUCUUAGCACUUGACGACGAUUCAGAUGAAAUUAUCAUCAAUUUAAAUAACAAUUUAUUACUACAAAAUUCAGAAACAAAUACAAACACUCUACAAUAUUUUGAAAUUGAAAAAAUUUCCAAUGUUUUCUCUUUACAAGAUGAUUUGAUUUGGGGCACAGUUUAUUUCGCCAUCUAUGAGGAACAACAACCCCAGUCGGAAUUGCCAUCUUAUAACGCUUUAAUCAUUAAUAAAUUGGGGGUUUCAUAUUUCCAUGAUAUAGAUAUUUCUUCAAAUUCAAUCUAUUAUCCUGCUGUAGAAAAUGUUUUACCCACUUGUAAAAAUUUAAUUGAAAGGAAAUGUCUUGCAGUCACGCUUUUAAAAAGCUUCACUAAUUUAUCCAAAGAUCAAAUAAAAUUAUUGAAAAAUCCAGUUAUAAAUAAUUUAGAAUAUGAUAACAUUUAUACAGGUGAAUUAGCUUCCAAGGCAAAACAUUUAUCUAAUAAAAAAAUGCAAAUUUUCAUUAAAAGAUUAAAUUCUUUAUCUCUUUUACAAAAUAGGCAAAUCACUUCCACCUUAUAUGAUGUAAUUUAUGAAUCUACAGAAAAUAAGAUGGAUUUAAAUAAUAGAUUGGUCUUCCAUUUAGGUGAACAAUUAGAACAAUUAUUUAAUCCAUUAACUGAAUAUUCUCCAGAACAAACAGAAUAUACUUAUAAACAACCAGAUACCCAGCCUCCAACACAAGAGGAAUUAAUGAAAACUCAGCCCACUAUUUAUUCCAUCUGUGAUGAAUUAUUAACUCUUCAAACAAAUUUCACUCUUUUAUUAGUAGAAUUUUUGCAAAAAUUUUUAAUCACUUUAAGAGUAGAAGUAUUAAAUGAUCAAAUCCCCAAUCUUUCCACUAUAAAAUUAAAUCGUCUUUUCCCCCCUACAAUCGAUGAAGUAACAAGAAUUAAUUGUAUAUUCUUAGAUUCUUUAAGAUUAGCUUCUCCAUAUGGUCCAUUAGAAAUUUUAAAAGCUUGUAAUGCAACGAUACCAUAUUUUUAUAAAGCGUAUACAAGGCAUGAAGCUGCUACUAAGAAUUUUAAUAAAGAUAUUAAAUUAUUUUUCAAAAAUUUUGCUAAAAGGAUUCCAAAUCCUGAAAUUUACACUGAAAUGAAAAUUGAUACUAUUAUAAAUGGUCCACAAGAAAAACUAAUGAAAAUAAAAUUAAUAUUGGAUAGAUUAUGGAAUUCAAAUAAAGAUUGGAAUAAAGAUAUUAACCAUGAAGCUUAUAAAUAUUAUUCAAAUACAAUUGAAAUUAUAGAUUCAUUUGGUAGAUUAGAAGGUCCUCUAAGUUCUUAUAAUACAAGAGUAUUUACACCAUCAGGGAAAAUUUUAACUGAAUUAGCCAAAGGUUGGCCACAAGAAUUACAAUAUAAAUGGCUUAAAAGACGUGUUGUUGGUGUGUUUGAUAUAAUUAAUGUCAUUGAAUCAGAUACAAAAUAUGAAAGGCAAUUGCUAGUGAUAUUCAGUGAUUAUUUAGUCUUUUUAGACAUUUUGGAUUCAAAUUCUUAUUAUAAAGAUGAUAUAAACGAUCAUAAUAACAAUCAACAGAAAAAUACAACAAAUAAAAAACCACUUUUAUCAGAUAUUUUAAUGAAUUCUUUAAUAAAUGAAGUUCCAUUACCUCCAAAGAUACCAAAAUUGGUGGUUAAAAAUUUCACUUAUAUCGAUAAUGUUUCAGUAUCAAUUUUUAAUGAUUAUAAAUUAAGGUUCGAUAUUUUGCACGAUUCAAAUGAUAUAGAUUAUUCCUCUUAUUCCAUAAUAGUGAAACUGUUAUCAUCUCAUGGUGUUACUUCAAGAAAAAUUUCAGAUUUAAUAACAAAGGCAACAAUAUUGGAAAAGGAAACCGCAUUUCAUUUAUUUAAAGCAAUAGACGCUAAAUUCGAUCUAUAUUGUACUGCACAUGAAUUGAAUGCUUACGUUAAUGAAAGAAUAAAAUCUAAAUUUGCAAUUUUUUUAAAUUUAUCACCAAAUACUGAAUUAUUACAGCAAAGUAAUCUUUAUAUGGCAAUUUUCUUAAGUUUUAUUGAUGAACCACAAUUCGAAAUGAUUAAAGUUAAUGUCAUUACUAUUGAUGGUCAUACGGAUGAAUUUGAAAUUCAUUCAGAUAAUUUAAUUGAAGUUUUAUUAGAUCAAUUGAAAUAUAGUUUACCAAGAUGUUAUUCAAGCGUUGAUUCGAGUAUAUCAAAUCAAUUGGUAGAUAUUAAUAAAGAUUUAUUAGUAACUUUAUUAGAUUCCUGGACUUCAAACUUAAAUUUAAAUACAAAAAACAUCAUCCCAUUAAAUCAAUCUUCAAUUAUACCCACUUCAAAUAAUAUAGGGCCUGCCAAUGAUUCUACAAUCAAAGACCAUAAAAAGCAAUUAUCAUAUGGUACAAUUACCACUUUCAGAAGUUAUAAAAGCGACAUAAAAGACGUAGAUGAUACAAAUGAGCAAUUAGAAGCUGAUAAUAAUGGUAAGCCAGCUCCUGAAGAUAAUGAAAUUAAAACAAAUAAUUCGACUAGUAAUUUAAAUUAUAAUAAACCAAGUCUUAGAAAUAAUAGUACUUUGGCUGAGGCGUCAAAAAUUGAUAAUUCAAAAAGAAAAAGAUCUUCUUCAAAAGUAAAAUCUUUAGUUGACAUUGGAUUAACUGCAAAACCAAAUUCAUCAAAUUCAUCAAAGAAUGAUUUGAAAAAACAAACUUCAGAGAAAAAGACAAGUGUGAUUUCCUCACAAAGAACCAAACCAAAGAACAAUUCAUCACAAUCACAACAACAGCCACAACAACAACAACAACAACAACAACAACAGCAAAAGAACAAGAAGCAAAAAAAGGGUUUACUUGGUGCGUUUAAGGGAAUAUUUGGUAAGAAAAAUAAAUCACAAGCACAGAAUUCUAAACUUUCAAAACCUACAAAACCUUCAACUUCAAAUCAAGAAAAUGCUAAGCCAGUGGUUUCUAAACCAAUUGUCUCACAACCUCGUAUGCCAUCUGCCGGUAAAUCUUCCAUUGAGAAUGAUAAGAUCAGUUUGCCUUCUAAGCCUACUAUGAAUGCAGCAAGACCUAUCUCAACAAUUACGACAGAAAGCAAAGCUUCUCAAAUAAAAAAUUUCCACGCUCCACCAGCAACUUCUAAUGAUUUCAAACUGCCUUCUGAUAUAGGAACUUCAAAAUCUACUGAUCAAUCAACUUCAAAGAAUAUAAGUAAAGACGAAAACAGUAAUUCAGGGUUACAACUAGAAGAAAGCAGUGCAAGAAUUCAGCAAACCAAUGUUCAACAAAAUGAUCAAAGGAUAUCAUCGGUUAUUCGUAGAAGCGGAGAGUUUACUACAAUUCCAACUCCAAUUGAAAACAAUGCAAUAAAUGCUCAAUCAGCUCCUCCAAUUCCUAAGUCUACGAGACUUCCUCCACCAAUCAUUCCCGCCCCUGGUAAACCAACUGUGGAACUUUCAAUUAAUGACUCAUCUUCUCAAUUAGCAAAUCCUACUUCUAAUCGACAUAAUUUCACUAGAACUAAUGUUGAAACUUCUCCAAUAAUCCAACAGCCACCUCAACCUGAAAAGGCUCAAAAUAUGUUCGAUGGUGACUUAUUUGGUGAUUUAUUACCUACAGUUACUAAUUCGCCUAUUAAAGCGAAAAGAGAAUAUGAGAUCCAGGUACGUGAGAACUCGCCGAAAUAUAAUAAUAUAAAGAAAGAAGAAGAAGAAGAAACUGUAGAUGAUCUAGUCAACAAUCGGAAGAUAGUUAAUGAAUUACAAGAAAAGUUUAAACAAAAUACUAUUAAUCAUGUGCCAUUUGUUGAAACAAAAGAAAGAAUUAAUAAUGACUCUCCUCAGGACAAAGCCAUCAUUUCAACUAAAAUUAAACAAGAACCUAUUGAACCUAAUUUAGAGCAGAUGUUCCCUGUAAUUCCAAAACCAACCCCAAAAAAAUCGACUGUUAACAGAUCUGCAUCUUUUAGAGAAUUAUUUGAAGUCACAAGAUUGGUAUUGGAUGAAAAUGAUGCUAAAUUUAAUUGGAAACGAUUACCGAGUGAUAGAUCCUUAGCACUUGAUAAUGUAGCAAAGAGAGGGCCAAUGGAAGAUAAUGCUUUUAAAAAUAUCGCAGCUAAAAAGCUACAGUCACACCGCAUACCAGCUAAAGUUUUGUUAGAAUCUGCAAUUAAUAGUCAAAAGACAGAAUUAAAAUAUACAUCACCAGAUGAUAAUAAAUUUUCAGAAGCCCCACCAAGUCCUGAAUUUAAAGAUGCGGUUGAUAAUCUUUCCUUAGUAGAGCAAAUGCCUGUUUUCCAAAAUACGAUUGUCAGCAAGGAGAAUAGAAAGUCUACUACUUUAGGAAGGUAUUAUGAAAGCCAUAAAUACCCAGAGGAACUAGAGGAAGACUACCAUGAUACACAUGAGGAAAUUUUGCAAGAAUUUGCUAAUAUUGUAGAAAGCAUAUCAGAGCCUCAAAACACGGGUCGUAAAGGCUCUCCAUUUAAAGUUGUUGGUAGGUCACCUUCUAAAUUUGUAACAAUGAAUACAAACGAUCUAUUUGACUCCCCAAGAUUGAAUAAUUUAAGUCUUGUAGAGGAAGAUCCAGCAAAUAUUUCAUCUGAAUAUAAAUCACUGUCUCCACCUAAAUCUGCUUCAAACAAUUUUAAAUCUAAAGAGUUCACAGAAUCAUCUAAAAGUUUCUCUAAAUCAACUACUAACUUACCAAGUGAAUUUGAACGUUCGAGGCCUAUGAGAAUUUCUCGUAGCUUAGCAAGCUCAAAUGAACCCAAAAAAUUAUCUAACCGAGCACCACGCGUAGUUUCCGUUAGUCCAGUAAGAAAGUUGUCUUUACCUGUCACUAAUACUUCAUCACUAAAUAAUGGGAAACGAUUAUCUAGCAGUCCUGUAAGGAUAUCAAAUGUCAAUAAUCACUCUCAGAAUGUUCCACAAAGCAUACUAAAUGGGAUUGAAACUGAACAAGAAAAUACUAUUACUAGACCAUUCGGCUUAUCUCCACAAAAGAAUGAUACAUCUAUAAGGUCUUCUAUGUUCCAUGAUGAAAAGCUAGCUUCCACUAAGACUUCUAAAGGACCUUCUAAGACAAAUAAUAGCAAUCAAUUACCGAUGAGAACGAUAGAUGGAAGUCCAAUACAAAUUAGUACAUCAGAUGGUAACUUAAUUGGGUUUUCAGAUAUUGUAUUUCCCGAUACUCAUUCUGAGGUAUCUAUUUCCUCAACAAAAAGUGAGCCCAUCGAGAAAUUAAUUCAAUCUUCAUCAAUAUUCAAUGGUAGUCCAAUUGGACCAUCUAGAAUUAUAUCUAAAUCGAAUAAUAAUAGUCCCAUUGAUAGUUCCAAGAUUCAUUCCAUGGCGAUUAAUGGAUCCCCUAUUUUAGCUACAAGAAAACCAGCCAUUUUAGACAAUACUAAAACAGAAGUGAAGGAACUUUAUGAUUCUAGAAGAUAUUCAUCCAGCUUCAAUGAUGGUCUCAGAAGUGUGGUAGGUACUAUGCCGAAUAGCAAUGUCUUAUCUAGAAAUACAUCAGGAAAGACAGAUGGCUCAUCUUUUAUAACAACUAAUUCAAAAAAAUCAUCCAAGUAUUAUUUGGAUGACGCAGAUGUUGAAGAUCCUAGAACUAGAAAGUCAUCUUCCAAAGUACAAGCAUCUAUUGAAAACAAUGAUUCACACAAUUAUGAGCACUUCCCUAAUGAAUUAGAAGGUGAUGAUACAAAUAACACAACAGUAGAAAGGGAAAUUAGUGAUGAACCUGUAGAAGAUGUAAUGGAUGUACACACGGCCUAUGAAUAUUUGGAUGAAUUAGAUUUUAGUUCUUUUGAUAUGACUUUCGGUAGUAUGGGUAACAAUAAUACUUUUUUGUUUAGUGGAGACGAGACACAAUAUCCAAUUCAUAAAAAAUUACAAGAAUCUAAAGAUAAUACCAGAAAAAAUAAGUCGGUUAAAAAUAAUGAGAAUGAAGGUCCAAUAUUUUACCGUAUUCCAAAAAUAAAUACUCAAGGUUCUAUUGCUCCAGUGUCAAAGUCUAAUAAGGCCAAUAAGAAAGGUAAGUAUAAUAAUAGUAAUACUUCCUUUAAUAAGACUGAUGAUGAUGCCAUAUGGGUAUCACCAAGUAAACUUGAAUUAUAUGAUAUUAAUAAACUAAGUGAUUCUGCCCAAAAAAGAGUUAUAAGUGGGGUGCAUAACAAAUUUCAAGAUGGUAUCCUAUGCCAGCAUGGAAUGCCAAUUUCAGAAAGUAAUAUGAACUUUAAUAGUGAAUUAUCAUAUGCAUAUCUAGGUUAUGUCUUAGAUUCUGAUAAAGAUGAAGAUUCUGGACUGGCUUCUGAAGAAUCUAGCCCUCAAAGAUUAGUAUUUACUUAG